AUGAAGAUUGCUGUACAAGGAUGUUGUCAUGGAGAAUUAAAUAGGUUAUAUGAAAGUAUAGAGAGAAUGCAAAAUGAUACUGGAAAUAAAGUAGAUCUUAUUAUAUGUUGUGGUGAUUUUCAUACAAUUAGAAAUAAUGAUGAUCUUCAAAAUAUGGCUAUAAAAUCUCAUAAAGCUCAUCUUGGAGAUUUUUCUGACUAUUAUAAUGGAAAUAAAAUAGCUCCAAUUCUAACAGUAUUUGUAGGUGGUAACCAUGAAGUUCCAGAUGUUCUAAUUCCAUUAUACUUUGGUGGUUGGGUAGCUCCAAAUAUAUUUUAUCUUGGAUAUACAGGUGUUAUUAAAAUUGGUGGAAUACGUAUUGCUGGAAUAUCUGGUAUAUAUAAAGAUUAUGAUUUUUAUCGUGGAUAUUAUGAAGAACCUCCAUUUUCAGAAUCAAGUAAGAGAAGCUGGUAUCAUAUCAGAUGGUAUGAAAUGCAGAAAUUGAUGCUAUUAGAUAAUUCUGAAGGAUCAUGUGUAGAUAUUAUGAUAUCCCAUGAUUGGCCAAAUGGGAUUGAGAGAUUUGGAAAUCUCAGGUAUCUUCUUAAGCGUAAACCUUUUUUUAAAGAUGACAUAGAAAAUGGAAACUUCGGAAUACGUGGUUGUAUGGAUAUUAUGAUGCAUCUGAAACCAAAAUAUUGGUUUUCUGGUCAUCAUCAUUGCUAUUUUGAAGCUUCUAUUCCAAUUAAAGAAUCAAUUUCUAGUUCAAGCAAACAAAACACCAUAGAAUUUAGAGCUAUUGACAAAUUUAAACCUUUUGGAUGCUCUAUAAGAUAUUUUAAUAUUUUUUGUAAUAAUAAAAUAAAUGAUAAUGAAACAAAAGAACUCAAAAUUGAAUUUGAUAUUGAAUGGUUAUCAAUACAAAGAUGUUCUCUGAAAAAUUAUCCAAAAGGUAACUUCAAAAUUUUAAAUAAUGAAGUAUUAAAUUUACAAAAACCCUCAAUUGAUGAUAGAAUUUUUAUUGAUGAGUACUUAAAAAAAUUAAAUCAACAAGAUAUAUCAGAAAAUAAUGAAGAUAUAGAUGAAUUAUCUGAAGAAUCUAUUCAAUGGAAUUUUAAAACAAGUACUAAUAUUAAUAAUUUGAUUUAUAAAGAUAGGAAAUAUAUUCAGUGGCCUCAUUGGGAUUCUACAAAAGGUAAUUAUAAGGAUUAUAAAGCUCAAAGAAAUUUUAUUUUAGAUAUUAUUGGUCAUAAAGAUAUAUUGUAG